AUGAACGAAGACCUAAAAGAAUUAAGCAACUACAAAUAUGAAGAAGAGUCUGAGGACAAUUCAUUGACUUCGAAUUCGGAUGAUGACAAUGAAAUUGAAGAAGAAAUUGACAUUUAUCUGAACAACAUUAAUGAAAAUAACCUAAACAAUAUAAACACGUACCUGAUCCAGUACCCACUGAGACCAAAGUAUAGACCCUAUAAUUACACUAAUAAUAUUCAAAAAAUUUAUACAUGUAAAAAUUACAAUAAAUUAAAACAAAUAAAAAAUAAAGGCAAUACUAAUGAAGAAACAUACGUAUUUGAAUAUAAGUUGCAUGAAUAUAUGAAAGAAGAAACUCAUGAGUCCAAUUCUGUUUAUAAGGACGUGGAAAAUGAUAAGAACAUAAGUAGAUUAAUCAGUACUAGUGUUUCGUGUGAAUAUAUAAGCAAUUGUGUUGGUGUAUUUCAAUACAAUGAAAUUAAAAAAAAAAAAGAAAUAUAUAUGAUCCCAUUAAAGCAUAUAUAUCAAUUUAAACCAUAUCAUGAUAACUUGAAAUUGGAUGUAAAUGAGGAAGAAAAAAAUAAACCCGAUGAAUUGAUUCAAGGAAAUAAUUUAAACGAGAAUGUAGAGGCAAGUGAAAGCAAGAAACAUGCAAGUGACGCGAACCCACCACCUAAUAAUGUAGACCAUACUUGGACAAGCAUUGUAAAUAUUUAUGAACCUGAUUCUUUUGAAGCUCACGAAAUGUUAGAACUCUUCACCAAUCUCAGUAUCAAGAAUGACAUUCUCAAUUGCAGGAAUGACGCAAGUGGUAACACAGGUAUGGAGAUUUACACAGGAAGCUAUAAUAAUUUCGACCUCAUGAGUAAUUCUGAGGACACAAAAACGAAUAUGAACAGCCGUGGAGAAAAGCCAAAUGAAAAAUCCCUCGAAAUACAGUUCAACAACGAUGGAUAUUUGUACCUAAAUCAUUUGUGCAAGAAAGCAAAAGAAGACAACAGUAGUCAUCUGCCAUCAGAUGGAAAUGUAAAAGAUCGUAAAUCAAAAGAUGGAAAUAAGAAUAGUAACAAUUUACACAAAAAUGACGAUGAUGUAUGUACAAAUCUGAAUAUGCUUUAUUUCUUUUCACUAAAUUUAGAUGAACAAAUAUUAACCAUAAUGAGGUUGAAAAAUGUUCAGAGGUUUAAUGAAAUUCAGAAAAUUAUAAAAAAAAAUAUUGAUUAUGAAAUUUUGUUAAACACUAUUCAAAAAUAUUGUGUUAAUGUAUUAGGGUUAUGGAUAAUAAAAUCUAAAUAUUUAUAUAAAUUUUUAAAAGGAAAAGAAAAAAAAAGCGAGGAUGAAAAAAAAAAAAAUUUAGAAAAUUUUUCCCAUGUAGAUUACAAAAUACGUGUUCGGGAUUUAUUGCUUGUUAUUAUAUUUAAACAAGUUGAACCUAUUUUAUUAAAGCACUUGUAUGAAUUGAGAGUUGGAAAGAAGGGUUCCGAUGACGCAAGGAAUAAAAGGGAAAAUGAUAAUCACAGUGAUAGUGAUAAUAAUAACAACUUUAUCAGAACUAGAGACGAAGAAGGGGCAGAUUCAAAAAAAAUCAACUCUUCUACAUCCAUACUGAUGGAAAACUUUGAAAAGGCAACAAACCUACCCAAUAACACACUCACAGAAAUGUUUGCUCCGUUGUGUGAAUACAAAUAUACAGGAUAUUUUUUUAAACACAAAAUGGAUGAAGAAUUUGUAAAUAAUAACACAAAGUUGUGUCUUUUAAACAACGAAAAAUGGAAAAAAAAAAUGGUAAAAAUUGCAAAAAUUAUUCAAACGUAUAAAAGUAGUAAAAUUAUCAUUAAUGAUUAUAAAUUAGAUAUAAGAACAUUAGAAAAGAACAUUACAGAUUUGUUGUAUAAUAAUUGUAUGUCAUUUGAUGAUAUAUAUAAUAAAAUAAAAAAAGAAAGUAAAAAUACAAAUGUAGAUUUACCUGUAUUUGUACAAGCCCUAAAGAACAUUGCACUUCACAUUAAUAAUAUGUGGUUCCUACGAAUAGAUAAUCAGAGUGAAUUUAAUAAAUGUAGAAACGCUGUUAUUAAUAUUUUCCAAAAAAACCAUAAUUCGGUCUUUUCAAAAAAUGAAAUUAUUCAGCUUGUCGAAAUGAAUAUCCAGUGCCCCCUAACAAUUCCAGAUAUUUAUUUUAGGAAUAUCUUAAAAGAGUUUUGUGUUCACAUAAAUGGAAAGUAUAUGUUUAAGGGAAAUGACCAGUUCAAAGAGGAGCGUUGUGACUAA